AUGGCAUUAAAAUCAAGCGAAUCAUCAUUAAGCAGUUUAUGUACAAGCGAUGUGACAGAACUAAUAACAAAAUUAAAUUCUGAUUUACUUAACUUAUUGACUCGUUUAGCUACAACAAAUCCUAGUGCAGCACGUUGUUUGAUGCAUUUUCUGUAUAUCAGCCCAAGUCAGCCAUGCUUAAGUACUUGUUAA